GUGGAGCCUUGCAGCCUGUCCAGUGGAGACGCUGGCUGGGCGCUAGGACCCGGUGGCGGAUCCUGGCGGUGCCACGGGCCUGUAGGCCGCUGCUGUACCGAGGGACCGGGAGUUGACGGAAGGGAAGUGUUUUUAAUCGCAGACACGAGAUGGAUUUGUUUGAAGACCUGCCGGAUCCCGGAGUUGUCGCUCAGAAAUCAAAACCGUUGCUUUUUGAUGAUCUUCCAAGGAACCCUGACGUAGCAUCUUCUGUUCCUGACCUAUUUGGAGAGCUUCCAGAAACACAGAAUGACCUGAAAGCAGAGAAACGCAAGUGGCUGAAUCAGAAUGGGUCUAAGGACCACAAGGAGAAGAAGCCAUGUAAAGGCUUUGUGACCUUAAAAGGUUAUGCUGCAGAGAGAAAAGGAGAACGAGAAGAAAUGCAGGAUGCACACAUUAUAAUCGACAAUUUCACAGCAAGUUUUGAACAGUUACCUUCAGAAGUAUCUCGAUUGUCAUACUUUGCUGUUUUCGAUGGCCAUGGUGGCGCACGAGCUUCCAAGUAUGCAGCGCAGAAUCUUCACCUCAAUCUCACCAGGAACUUUCCCACAGGAGACGUGAGUAAUACAGAAAAGUCCAUAAAGAAGUGCCUUCUGAUGACCUUCAAGCAGACAGAUGAAGGCUUUCUCAAACAAGCAUCAAGCCAGAAACCUGCUUGGAAAGAUGGAACCACCGCCACUUGUGUUCUGCUGGUGGAUAAAGAUAUAUUCGUUACGAAUCUUGGUGAUAGCAGGGCUAUUCUGUGUCGAUUCAAGGAGACGAGUGGGAAACUAACAUCUGUGCCAUUAGUGAAAGAACAUAAUCCAACCCAAUAUGAAGAAAGAAUGAGAAUCCAGAAAGCAGGAGGGACAGUAAGGGAUGGUCGCGUGAUGGGUGUAUUGGGGGUAUCUCGCUCAAUUGGAGAUGGGCAGUACAAGCGCUGUGGUGUUAUCUCAGUACCAGAUGUUAGACGCUGUCCUUUAACAUCCAACGACAGAUUCAUUCUUUUGGCCUGCGAUGGAUUAUUCAAAGUCUUCUGCCCAGAAGAAGCUAUCCUUUUUGUUACAGCAAUACUUGAGGAUGAGACCCUCGUGGCAAAGACAGUGAAAACGUCACAGGAUGUGCGGUUUGAAGCUGCCUGUAACAGGCUGGCUAAUGAGGCUGUCCGACGGGGCUCUGCUGACAACGUCACCAUCAUUCUGGUCGCUAUUGGACACUAGCAGUGGAGGAACACUCUUCACUUUGAUCAUCCUGCUAGCCCAGAAAGAGAAUACUCAACCAACUCAGGUCACUUAAGAACUUUGAAAAUAGGAUGCAUAUCUUUAUCUACCCACCUCAUCUCAUCGUUCUGUAAAAUUCCAUCGUGCCACUGACGAACAGUCCUACAUGUAAACCUUCAUGCACCUGACUAGCUGCAUUUCUUAAGACUCAAAGCUGUGCUUAGCAAGAUGAGACGACUCUGAGAUUUUCCCAAAUAAAUAAAUGCACAAACGCAUAAAACUAAUGCUGGAUCCCCUACAGCUAGAGUGACAUGGAAAAGCUGAUCUCAUAGAAUUCAGCUGGCCUCACAAAGUGCCAGUGAUACAGAAAUGUACUUUGGAUGCAUACAACAGAAAGGAGACUUUAAUGUUCUCCAAGGUCCUAGAUUGCAACAUGCAAAAGUUACAUUUUCGCAUUUUCAUGCCGUUUGUUACUGUCACCUUGUGUUUGUGUUGUGCUGGUGUUAAGGAGUGUACUUUGAUUAGAUUAUGGAUAAAGUCAUUUAUUUUGCAAAUGUCUCAAACAUCUUCUAGCGCUUUUCCUAUCUAGUUGCUACCUCUUGUCGAAGCAGAUGUGAGGAAAUUGCUCAGACCCAAUUUACAUUGAACUGAAGUGAGCAGUGUGCAUUCAAUGAGGACAGGAGAAUGUCCUCUAUUUCAAAGGGGUUACAUAAUCCACCACCUCAACAGAAGCAAGCAACCUAAAAUUGCCCAAAAUGUUGACAAUUAAUCCUCCCACUACUUGAUUUUGAAACGUCUGGGGGUGUGAUUACAUACAGUGCAAGGUCAAGAGAAGCAAUAAUUCAUGACCAUUUCUGAGGCUAUCUUUUAACGCUGCAAUCUGUAGGUAAGAAUAUGGGAUUUGAGCAGUUAUCUGCAUGUCAACAUCUGCUCAACCAUAAUACCAGCAGCAUAUGCAUGCCACAGGUUCACGCAUUGGCAUCAUGCAGAGCAGCAGACAACUGAUUGUCACUUUGGGAAAAUAAAGUACAGACUUUUUCCUGUUUGGAUU